GGCUACUUGCAUACUCCAUGGUGAAUACGCUAAGCAAAGAGGGCAUUGACGAUGGAUCCGUACAUGUAAGUACUUGCUUAUUCUUUGAUAUCUCCCCGUCAUUGUCCAUUUGAUCCAUCUAAUCGAAAUUUAACAAUUCCUACUUCGAUGUCAAUUUAUCCUUAUCAGAAAAUACCGACAACUCACAUCCGGCUUAUGCGAUUAGUUCGCAGGCCUCCGUGCGAUCAUGAUAUUAAUGGGAUUCUCAACUAUGAGCUGGUCAGCUUCCCCCUCGAGUCGUGUCCCAGCUACAUGGCACUUUCAUAUACAUGGGGAGCAGAGAAUCCGAACCAGAAUAUUAUUAUAGAUGGACACAAUACCCCUGUUCAAAAUAAUCUUCAUGCCUUUCUUCGACGACAUUACAAUUCUUUACCUCAAUCUAACCUCGAUGAAACAUACCUUUGGGUCGAUGCAAUAUGUAUCAACCAAUUAGACAAACAUGAAAAAAGUCUGCAAUUGACAUUGAUGGGCGAAAUAUAUAAAAGGGCGAACCACAUCGGUCUUUGGCUCGGGGAGGAUAGUCAUGAUAGCGCCGUCGCAAUUGACUGCUGGCUGCGACUUGUUGAUAAAGUCCGACAAGGCGGAUUGAUCAAGCCAGCUGAUCUGUCUAUACGAGAGACGAGAGCUCUUGAUAACCUCGCCCUUCGCAAUUAUUGGCACCGAGUUUGGGUGUGGCAGGAAGCAUCGACCCCAAAUACUCCCAGCUACAUAAUAUGCGGCGAUAAGCAAAUAGCUCUCGAGGAUGCAUUUGUCGCGAAUGACGCCGUUCGAACAAUGAUGCUGAAUAGCUAUCGUGUUACCAAACUGAUCCCGUGGGUACCGAAGCUUCAAGCCAUGUACGAACUUGCACGGAUCAGGUCAAGCUAUGCUAGUACAGAAGAAUUCGCGAACGACCCUCCCUUAGGGGGUAGUGCAGACUGGGACUCAUUAAUGAGUAUGCUAUUCGCAACACGAGACUUGCAGGCUACUGAUCCACGCGAUAAAAUCUAUGCCCUCUUUCCAAUCUACCGGGAUAUCCGCGGGCGUUUGCCCUUUAGGGUAUGCGAUGGGAAGGCUGUCGAGGAAUCUUAUAGAGACGCGUGUACCUUUAUCCUCGAAAGGGAGCAAGACCUUCGGCUAUUUCUACUUUGCAAUGCCAGCAGCGUGCCUGCGUCUAGCCAGAGUUGGAUACCAAACUUCACGCAUCUGGUACAACCCUUCGAGAUAUUCCGCAGCCAGGGGCUGUUUGACGCAAGCGGGUCAAAGCCACCACAUAUCUCCAUCGAUAACCGGAUGUUGGUGAAAGUCCGCGGUGUAAGAGUUGAUCCGAUAGUCACCACGCACCAAGGUUUAACAUGUCCCAACGAACACGAGAGUUCGUUCGACAUCGAAUACUGGCAGCCUAAGUUCCAGGUCUGGUUUCGGAGCAUAGCAAAAUUUAUCUCGAAAGGAGAAGGCGAUCGGAAUUAUCACAGGUAUAUCCAACUUUCGGAAGCUGCAGACCAGCUCCUAUCUCUAGGCCUGUGCCCCGGGCUGAAGUUGCGGCGGACCGGUUCUGUUUUCCAUUGGCCUGUGUUCGACGUCGCGGCGGGCGCUGAUCCGCCUAGUGUCGAGGAGGUGAGGUCUGAGUUCGUCGACCUUUUCUUGCGUUUGGGCCAUGCAUCUCUCUUUUGGACCGCGCACGGUUAUCUUGGGCUUGGCGACAUGUGUAUUCGUAGCGGGGAUAUAGUCGUGGUUCUAUAUGGGUUAUCGAUUCCUAUGGUACUCCGUCGCACUGCAUUAUUCUGGCGCAUUAUUGGACCUUGUUUCGUCGUGGGGAUGAUGGAUGGGGAGGCGCUUAGAUUACGGGCUUGGGAGGAGGAGUUUACGAUAUUCUAGUUUAUUAAUCUAAAAUUUCGGCAUCCUAAUCAAUUGAUACGAUGCCGACCUAGGAAGUGCGGACGGUGCUGUUUUAUGAGGAGCUCCAAAUUUUCCUUUGCCUGGGGUUGCGAUAUACGUGCUGGAAACGCACUCGCUCUACUACGUUCCUAUACUAUCUACGGCCAUUUCAGUCUCAAGGUGCCCACAUGGAUCGUAAUAGCCAUUUGAAUGCCAUCCUUUCAAGUAACAAUUUUUUUUUAAAAAAAAACCUGUUGUAGUUAGCACGGCAGUCAACUACUAUAGUUCUUCGGAUGAACAUCUUUAAAUGAUCAACUCAAAAUCAAAAAUAAGAUCACUGUGUGGCC